CAAAAAUGGUUAUUCACUUUUUUGCUUGCAAGUCGAAUCUUCUAUCAGUUCAAAAUGUUCAGAUUGUUGGUUGUUUCUUCUAUCCUGGCUUACGCUACCACCAUUGCCGCAUUUCCCCAAUUCUCCCAACCACAAUUUCGCCUAGAAAGUCCCACAGGAAAGAUCGCCAUUUUAAGACAAGACUCACAGCUUAAUCCCGAUGGCAGCUACAGUUGGCAGUAUGAAACUGAAAAUGGUAUCAAGGCCCACGAACAAGGCCAACAGAGAUCACCAUUUGUAGGAGGAGGCACUUCCGCUCAAGGGUAUUACUCUUACACAGCUCCCAAUGGUUUACUAGUCGCUUUGAACUACGUAGCUGACGAAAACGGUUACCAACCACAAUCUGACGUGCUCCCCACUCCUCCACCAAUCCCCGCAGCUAUCCUGAGGUCUCUGGAAUGGAACCGUGCCCAUCCAGAACCCCAACAGAACCCUUUUAAUUAGGUUUAUUGUUCCAUUGUACAAUUUAUUUGUAGGUUAAGUUUUUGUAUUUGUAAAUAAAAUCUAUUUU